AUGCCUUCCUACGACAUCCCCCAGUACCUGCUCGACAGAGCCAACAUUCACGACACCGUAACCAAAGUGCCCCUCUACUACGACACCAUCAACCUCCCCGCCCUCCAAGCCGAAGUCUACGGCCCCUCCAUCGAAAUCGACUACACCUCUGUCCUCGGCGGCACCCCCUACACCAUCUCCCGCGACGAGUGGAUCACCCAGGUCGGCGCGCUGCUGGAUGCCUUUAAGUCGUCGCAGCAUGUUACGUCGGGGAUUAUCGCGCACCUACCGCAGCCCGGCGAGGGUGUGACUCGGCCGGAGAAGGUGCUGGUGCAGGCGCAGGUGUCGGGGAACCUGAUCGGCAAGUUGCAGGCUGGGGCCAGCGGGGAGGCGCCGUUUAUGCAGAACGGGGGUCUCCUCGAAGCCGAGCUCCAACGGGACCAGGAAAUCGAGGCGACGGGGGAGAAUCCGUGGAGGAUUACCAAGUACAAGGUCAUCAAGAAGUGGGACAAGGGCGACCCGAAGGUUUUUGAUUUCGGGUCAAAAAACUAG